GCCAGGGAGAACAUCACACUGGGGGCCUACCAAAUCCUCCAGAUCGCUAAAAUCUCCAAACUAUCUACCUCAAACAUAACCGACUUCUUCAAGAUGAAUUCUACAUAUAGCUACACACCUCUUUCCAGCUCACGCCACACCCGUGUCUUGUUCUUGGAACCGUCACCGGACAUUGUCGCACCACUUUGCUGCAGGAUCUCCGAAAUCUCUCUUGAUACUCUCCCCGAAAAUGGAAGUGCAAGCUACAACGCGCUGUCCUACAGCUGGGAUGCCCAAUCGCCGUCCAGCGAAGUUUUGUGCGAUGGCGGCGUCCUGCUGGUGACGCCGAACUGCGAGGCCGCUAUGCGUCGGUUGCGAAACGACUCUGGGACGACUGAACUAUGGAUCGACAGCAUUUGUAUCAAUCAGAAUGCCGAAGCCGUCGAAGAAAGGAACGACCAGGUCGCCCUAAUGGGAGAGAUUUACAAAAGGGCGAGUAAGAUGACGAUUUGGCUUGGGGACGACGAUACGAAGUUUAGGCCGCUCAUCGAGCGAUUGCGGCCGAUACUACAGCGGAUUCACUCGUUCUCUGACUCCUAUCGCCUUGCCGACACCGAGAGAAUGAAGAAUUGGGACAAUGUAGGCCUUGCGAAAUUAAUAUUGCAGGAAUUCAAGCUUAAUGGCACCCACAGACCGGGUGAUAAUCCAUUCGCCGCGCUCUUCGAAUCAUCCUGGUUUACCAGAAUGUGGGUUGUCCAGGAAGCUACAAUGUCACCAAUCCUGCGCACCACAGUCCUUUGUGGCAAGACGGCAAUCCCGUGGGUUUCAAUAUACUACUUCAGUACGGCUAUUCACCAUUCGAAAGAGUGGGCGGUUGACUGGGAGUGGUGGACAGGGGCUAUGCUUUUGCAGAGAGCCCUGAUGGAAGCCAAGUCCAAUAUAAAUACGGCAGUUGGGUCAAGUCGAAAUGGGGAAGACACCACCCCUUACGGGAUGAGCUUUAUGCUGGGAUGCGCCCGAGAAAAGCAAUCGAGUGACCCAAAGGACAAGAUAUUCGCCUUGGUCGGAGUCUUCCAGGAAAUAGGCAUGGCCCUACCUGCACCUGAUUACAAGAAACCUCUUGCAACCGUUUACACAGAGGCCACCGCGGCUUGCAUUGCUCACGACAAGAACUUGCGUGUCCUCUACCACGUUCCGUCUCACCAACGGCGUAAGGAUCUUCCCUCCUGGGUCCCGGAUUGGAGCACCUCUGGGUACGGCGGCUAUGGGGCUGAGCAGGGUCUGAGAUUCCCAAAAUGUUAUUACUUUCCCUCGGCCGGCGGGGCGGGGCCAUCCCACUGGCGUUUUUCCAGUAUUGCGAGUCCCAGCCUGUCCGCUCGGGGAAAGAUAGUCGGUUCGAUCAGCGAGCUAGGGAGGAGGUUGCUUGUGGGAAACCCCGAGGCUUUCGAAGCGGGCGGGCUUCCAAGCACGCACGAGGAGAGAAUGUCGAUGAUGAGUCAACUCUACAGGCGUUGCUGUCACGGAAUGUUGGUUUUCCAAGACUGGCUCAAGCUGGCUCAAAAGCCUAGCUGCACUGCGACACGACAGCUCGAUCAGCCAGCAAGAGAAGCCAGGAGAAAGGCACUUCGACAGACGCUAUUCCUCGAGGACCCGAACUUACUUGACAACUACGGAACUCAAAAUGCAUAUGACCGCUGGUGCGACAUUCUUUCCACAUCGAUAUGGUCAUCAGGCAUAAAGGCAGUGAUGAAAAAGCCAGUCUUACAUUGCCAUGUGUUGGCAAUGCUGAAAAAUAUGCAUAGACGUCUCUUCCUCACACAAGGCGGCUUAAUGGGAACUGCCCACGAAUCUGGCCUCGUCACCCUGAAGCUCGGAGACAAGAUCGUCGUCAUCGACGGCUUGGAGGUGCCAUUUCUGCUGAGGCCGUUGGCGGGAGGAGGAUACAAGGUAGUAACGCAUGCGUAUGUGCACGGCAUAAUGCAUGGGGAGAGCUAUGCGGAAGGGGCGCAGGAGAGCGAAGAGAUCGAGCUUGUGUGAACAGUGUGGUGGUUUUGGUCAUCAGAUUUGGCAUUUAAGGUUCUAUUGGUGAACAAAGAUCAAGAGGUGGAAUGGCUAGAGAAAUACAUGGGUUAAGAUCAUUUCUCGUCGAUGUGUGAUGAGAACCGAAGGACAGAUAAGUCG